AAGAAACAAAGCAAGUAAAGUCUAAAGCAGAGAGAGAGAGCAUAUCAAAGGAAGAAGAGAGUAAUAGUAGUAACACUUCUACUGUACCCUCCUUGUUCUGCGUGCGAAGCGAACCCUAUUCCAUGUUCUUGAAUCUCGGCCUCCAGUCCUUGUAGCUGAUCAGAUCAGAAGGAAAAGAGAGGUUUACCUCAGGAAAUCUAGAGAGAGAAAGGUUUAAGAGGGAAAGAAAGGAGCUAGGAGAAUAAAUGUUCCCCUCCAAGAAGCCCAGCUCUGGUACUGCGGCCUCAAAUGAUCGGCCUAUGUGUGUGCAAGGCGACUCCGGCGGUCUCGUCCUCACCACCGACCCCAAGCCCCGCCUCCGGUGGACCGCCGAGCUCCAUGACCGCUUCGUCGACGCCGUCGCUCAGCUCGGAGGCCCGGACAAGGCAACUCCAAAGACUAUCAUGAGGGUUAUGGGAGUCAAGGGCCUCACCCUCUAUCACCUCAAGAGCCACCUUCAGAAAUUCAGGCUAGGGAAGCAGCACAAGGAGUUCGGUGAUCAUUCUGCAAUGGAGAUGCAACGGAACGUGGCCUCUUCUUCCGGCAUGAUGGGAAGAAGCGUGAACGAACGCAGCGUGAACAUGAAUGAAGCCUUAAGGAUCCAGAUGGAAGUCCAGAGAAGGUUUCAUGGGGAACUAGAGGUGCAAAAACACCUCCAGAUGAGGGUUGAAGCCCUGGGGAAGUACAUGCAGUCCAUCCUGGAUAAAGCAUACCAAGCUCUCGGGUCCAGCGAUUGCGCCACGUGGCCCACGGGGUACAAAUCUCUAGGCAGCCAAGCAGCCCUUGACAUUGGCAGUUCCAUGAGCUUCUCUUCCCUCCAGGACCUAAACUUCUACGGAGGAAGCCACAUGGACCAGCUGCUGCAACAAAUGGAGAGGCCAAUGGAUAGCUUCUUGACAUUGGGCGAGAGCUUCAGUGCGUCAGCAGGCAAGAAGGGCCCUAACCAUUGCAGCUCCAGUGGCAAGAGCUUGAUGAUGUGGGCCGGCGAAGAGCAGGCAAAGAGCGGCACCGAUCAUCCCCAGAUGGGGUCGUCCUCUACGAUGGAGGGCGUCACAUACGUCAUGGACCCGAUCACUGACCUGUAUGACGGUGUGAAACCGAUCAUGGCAGGCGACUCCAUGGGCAGUAAAGGUUUUGACGGUUCCAGUUCCAAGGUCGAGAUGAAGUCGCCUCCACAUCAAGCACCUGUAGGAAGUGAGAGGAUCCGUAUAUAGUCCAAUGGUUGGAGCUCAGGCAAAGAACUUGUCCUAUGGGUACGAAGGAUCAAGGUAUUUAAAGGUAUCAAAUUUGUUGUGAACCAGCAAAGUUUUGCUCUUGCAUGAUCACUAAGCAAUCGAAUCUUGAGCUGAUCGGAGUGUAGAGUAUAGCUAUGCAUGAUUGACUUCGAAGUCGAUUACAAAUUAUUAGGAAGAAUGAUCUUAAGAGGAUCGAUGCAUCAUAUAUAUGUUUGAUUGUGCCCUACCUGUUGUUUUCAAGAGGAUGGUUUAAGUAAUUUAGUUUAACAUAUCUUA